GUUUCUCUAUCGAGAGCCGCGAUGUUGGCGACCAUAACUCGGUAUUUAGCAUGAAAAGAAGCAAACCAAGAUACAAUCAACCUCGUAAAUGUGUUAAUUGAUAUCAUAACAGUUGAAGAUGAUAUGAACAAAGAGAAGAAAAUGGAUUCGGAUCAACAAUUAGAAAUUAAAACUGAAGAACAACCAGAAAGGGAGAUAACUCCGGACACUCAUGAGGAUGGAGAAUCACAGUCUGUGGAUAUCAGCAUAGGUCAAAGUUCAGCUGGUGAAGAGUUAGAUCAACUCAAACCUGAGGACACGGAGCCCCCAGAUAUGGACACUGAGGUGGAGGUCGAGACAAUUACAGAUAAAGGUCAAAGUUCAGAUGUAACGACUAUGGAUGCUGAGGUUGAAGUUCAGAUUUUUCCGGAGACAGGUGAAACAGAAGAAGUCUUGAUUAAAGAGGAAACGUCAGAGGAACACAAAAUGGUGUGUGAGGAGUCAAACAUGUCUGAAGGGUCCGUAGAGGUCAUGGACAUUGAAUUUAAUGAAAUUGUAGCUGAGGAAGAAACUGUAGUUGAGACCACACCUGAGGUAAAUACAAAUAUUCCUACUACUGUUACUUGUCAAAGUGAGGUGAAGGCCAAGACAAAAUCUACAAAUGCUAAGGGUAAGUCCAAGGAAAAGAAGUCGGGUGCUGAAGAAUCGUACACCAUUGUUAUAAAGGUUGCACAGGGCGGUGUGAAUGAAGGCGAGCCUGUCACUCUAGACACUAUAACAUUACCAGCAGAGAUUAAAGAGACGUCACAGAGGGCGGGGCUUCGUCCAAGAGAACCUAGGAAGAAUGAAGUCAAACAGAUAAUUGUUAAACAAGAGGAAGAGGAGGAGGAGGAUGAAGAUGAAGAAGAGGAAGUUGAGGAUGCUGAUGCUGAAGCUGCAGUAGAUCAGAAGCUAAGUAUUCAUCCAGAAAUUCGUCAGAGAUUAAUUGAGCAGAUUAUUAGUAAGGAGUGGGCAGGAAACAUGGAUGACAGACAGCUGACGCCUGAUGAGAGAGCUACCGUUGAAGAUCUCCUCAGCGGACGUCCUGUACGGCCAGUGGAACGUCAGAAAAUGCGACCCUGGAUGAUUGAACUGCUCGAUAAAAACAAUGUCCCCGGUCUCUCCUGGCAGAACCGCCGCGAGAGGAUUUUCAGGAUUUCAUGGAAGCAUGCAGCUCAUAACUGCUUCAACCGUGACAGAGAUUCGGAUCUCUUUGAGAGAUGGGCCAUACACACAGGUCGCCACUAUGAAGGGAACCACAAAAGAUGGAAGGCAAACUUCCGCUGUGCUCUCAACAGUCUCCCGGACGUAAUCGAGCUGCGAGACUUGGGUGUACGCAAGGGAGAUAAUGCAUUCAAAGUUUACAAGUUUCUGGACCUGAACGAUCCUGUGUAUAAGGAUCGCAUCGACAACAAGGGAAAGAAGACUGCCGGACUUCCCGUCAAGGUCAAGGGCAUUCAGCAGAAAAACGUCAGCAAGACAGAGAAGUAUUUGAGAACUAUUAUAACUCGGCGACUAAAGAAAGAGGCAGAUGGGACUCUGCUAGAAAAGUCAGCUGCUAGUAAGAAAAAACAGGCGGAAGAGGUGGAAGAGGAGGAGAAUGAAACUAGUAAUGACCUAUCUCAGACAGUGGAGAUCUCGGACGAGGCUGCAGAAGGGGGUGGCACACUCCAGACUCUGCUCAGGGCCAUAGAACUCCAACAGGAAAAACUGGCCCUGCAGGCUGGACAGAGUCAGGGCUCUCAAGGUGCUUCGGGAAAAAGAGCUGGCUCGACACUAAAUAUAGCCGGUCAAUCUACACCGAAACGUUUCCGACAGGAUAGUGACGGGAAUCUCAUCAUCACUCCAAAUAUGGGGGGAUCGAUCGAGCAGGUGGAUGGAAAUAUUUUAUUUAAGCUCGACAUUCCUUCAGGCUCAGCAUCGUCCAUCAUUGGAACAUCUACAGGAAUUGUGGGGUCAACAGGGGUCAUAGGGUCAUCGGGAGGCACGUAUGUAAUGGCGGUGGGGUCGGCAAGUAACACGGCGACGACCAUGUCUAAAGCUGUUACACCUGAAGUUCAAGGUCAAUCGAUAGAUGUCACAGAUCAUGGAGGGCAGCCGGUGAUAUCAGUAUUACCGCUAAAGUUACCAUUUGUCGACCAGAAAGGCAGCAAAGUCACAUUCAUACAGAUGCCGAACAAACCCGACCAGGAAGGCAAAGUAACAGAAAAUAUUGCUAUUCCUCCGGAAAUCCAGAACCUGCUUCGUCAGGGAACACAGAGUGCUGGGAAUCCAGGACUAAGCGGAACACCAGCGGUUUCCGGGAAGGGAAUCGAGCAGAAGAUAACAUUUCCGGUCGGAGGAAAAGCGCUUUCAAUGGCUAGCGGACAGAAACCUAUAGAGGUUGGUAGUGUAGCAAGUGUACCAAAUGUUGGACUGUUAAAUUUAGAUAAAAGCCAAGGGAAAGAACAGAAAAUCACUAUUCCUUUGAGUCAGCUGGCAGCCAUGAUGGGUAACGCAGCUCAGGCACAGAAAAUUGGCAUUACAAUUAAUCUGGAUGGUAAGGGCCAGAAGGAGUUGUCGACCGUAUCCACCUCCUUGGCGUCUGGUGGGUCUGUAUUGACUACCGGAAUUCCCGUUAGUUUGAUGUCGUCGUCAAGUAUCUCUUCAAACGUCAACACAACACUUCAAAACGGGGGUCAGGGACAAGCAUUUCUGACCUUGAUGUCUGGUGCAAAUCAAGGUCAAGUUUCUGACUUCAGGUUAUACCAACACCUACAAUUGUGGGUAGCCAGCCAAGAAAGGGAACUCAAAAACAGAUUGCCCCUGUUCCCUACGACUUCCACGAAGGUUAUGGAUACGCCUGCAGGAGUUCGAAACAAACUGGUCACACGACUUUUAAUCAGUGGUGCAGCCACAUCAACAUCUCAGACCAUUUCUUCAGUCGCUCCAAGUAGUACAGCAACAUCAACUUCAGCAUCUCCGACUUAUAAUUUAGUCUUUCAUCCAAAUACGCCGUUGUCCGCCACCACACCGCAGUUAUCUUCCCCUGUUCCUCAAACUCAGGUGAUCAAUCUCCAAAAUCUCACAAAACAGCAGCUGUCGGCUCUUACAUCGUCUGGAGUCCUGGUCGGUCAAACACUAGCCGGAGGUCAACUCGCUAAGUCAGAUGAUGCACAGUCCUCCCCAGCCUCUCUAGGCGUGACCCCGCCAGCCACUCCCAGAGUUGCCUCCCCUGGAAGCUCGGGUGUUGUCUCCCCUAGUGUGAAGGUGUCGCCAUCACAAGCAACUUCCCCUAACCUGAGACCCGAACUGAUGGAACAAGUGACGAUUGACUUGAAGGAGAUACAGGAUGACAACCCUCCUGUAGAAGGGGAGACAACCAGUACUCCGAACUUUUCCUACUCCUGUCUGUGGUGUAAAAUUGACUUCAACAAGAAGAUCGAUCUGUUACAACACUUCAUGAAUCUACACCAAGACAUGCUAAUGGUACCUGGAGAAUCAGAGGUCAUAGGUCAAGGGUACGAUGGUGCAGGUCAGGUUCACAACGAUUCACAUGACCAGAUGUUUGAUGGCCAGGAACAUUCAGUACUUGAUGUUAAUGCUUUGGACUUACGCACUGUGAAGACGGAGAUGAUCGAACAGACUCCAGACAUGUCGCUUUCCUGUCAAUCUCAUCACAAACAGGCGAAAACUGUCAAAGAGGCUCUGAGUCGCAAGAAGGGCAGGGCAUCAGCAAGCAAGGAAGGUGGAACAAAGAGACAAAGAGUGAAGAAGAAAAAAGGAAGGAAUGUUAAAAACGAAGAGGGAAAGAAUAAAUUAGGUGAAGGUAAGAGUAAGGGAGAUCAAAGUCGAACACCGUCAAAAGUUGAUCCGGAGUCCAACCAGAGUUCAAUGUCGGCCACCAGUGACGCUCGACCAAAGUACAGUUUGACCAGUCUGAUUGAGGCAUUGAGAGAUAGCAUUGAGCGUGACAAAAGUAAGAAGGGAGACGAUUUGUCUAACGAGGGAGGUACGUCCGACUCCGACAUGUCUGACGAGAGUACCUCGGUUCCUAAUGUCAUAUGUUAUGACGAUCUAAGUCCGGACUCCAGUGCAGGUGAAGAAGGUAUGGCAGAAAGCGACUCCGAGGCAGUGGAUGGCGACAUACAGGUUUCAGUCAAAACUUUCCAAGUGGAUGGUAAAACGAUGUAUAAAUGCUCGCUGUGUGCCAAAGUCUUCAGCAAAACGUGUACUUUUGCCCGUCAUGCCAUGGUACACUCCCGGAUGUACCCGUACCAGUGUGGUCUCUGUGACGAGAAGUGUAGUGACAUGAGAGUACUUCUACGACAUCUUGAUUGGCACGGCGAAAAUGUUGAUUGCCCUUGUAAAAAAUGUGAACGGCUCCACAAAUAUGGUGACAUCAAGACAAUUGGGGAGAAAACUUCUGGCACAAGUAAAUUUGUUUGCGAGAUCUGCCAGAGGAGUUUUAUCAGCGAUGUGGCAUGCAAAGCCCACGUCAACAUGCACAAACGAAGUGGAAGUCUUGUCUGUGAAGUUUGUAAUCUGGAGUUUCAGUGUAACAGGGCUUUGUCUAAACACCGGAAAUCUGUUCAUGGGAUCCAGUUCUGUCCCUACUGUCUUGAAACAUGCACACUGGACAUGGCUUCACACAUGAGCGAACACGAGGGUGUGUUCAUGUAUCGAUGCGGUCUUUGUGGCGAUGGGUACAACAGUCGACCUCUGCUGCAUGAACAUUUAAAAAUACAUACUCACCUUGGGAAAGAAUUUGGCCAGCAACUCGAAAAUGAAAUGAAAUCUGUUGGAAUAUUACAUAAGAAAAGCUCUACUGGAAAUAAAGCUUCACCCGAAUCUGUGAAGAAUUUGGAAAGUUCAAAAGUCGUGAAAAAGGAACCCAAAAAGGAAGCAAAAAAACCUGGGAAAAAGAAAACACCUAAAUCGAAAUUGACCAAGCCGAAGAAACAGGUAGAAAAUACAGAGGAAGCCAGUGAAGAUGUCUCUGAAGUGGAGAAGAAGCCUACAUCCCCUGUCAAGGCAGAACCUACAAAAAUUUUACCUGUACGGCAGAAAACACGCAAAUGUCGUUGGCAUGAUAAUGAUAGCGUGUGUGAGCGUUGUGAUGUGAUGUUUGUCAAGAAGAUAGCAUUUGGUCGCAAACCAAAGUCCAGACAGGGCAAAGAAUCUCCGCGGCCACAUGACUCCAACUCCAACAGUGUGGGAUAUGAAGGUGAUGACGAAAAAGACUCGGCCAAGAAAGACAACCCUGUUGAAGAGUCGACGACUGAACCAGCAGCUACAGAAAUGCCUACGAAGGUGAUAAUAUCGGAGUCCAUGUUGAAGGCUAUUAUGAGUUCUCAGAAUGCUGGCAUUGUCACCACCGGUUCUCCCCAAAAUGCCUCGUCGCUUCUUCAGUCUUCGUCUCCACAGAAGGUUUUGGUAUCACUCCCGCAGAAGAUUGCGCUAUCUUCACCGCAGAAAGUCGCUGUAUCUUCUCCUCAGAAAAUCACUGUGUCUUCUCCGCAGGUUGUCUCCCCUGCUCUCCAAACAGCUUCUUUACAAACAGCCACGUCACUUCUACAGAAAUUUUCCCCGCAGAAAGGAACAAUUAUUCAGGCAUCAGGUACCCCUCCGCGGGCCUCUCUGUUAAAGUUGGGUCAGGGUUCUUCGACGAAAACUGUACUGAUUAAGACUUUGUCCGGGGCCCCUAUUCAGGCCUCACUAGCUCAGCUAGAGGUGAAACCUACAGGUAACACUACCACAGUGUUACAGGAGUCAACACCAUUGGCUGAACCAGAUACGAAACCAGCAGUGUAAAACAGUGAAUAAUAGCAUCUUGUAAUAUGAAGGUGGUGAAGUUAACAGGUUAAUUGGGUUAACAGGCUAAUGAGGUUAGCAGGUUAAUGAAGUUGACAGGUUAAUCUGGUUAUCAAGUUACUGGAAUAAGCUGGUUAAUUGGUUUAAGAGGUUUAUUGUGUUAACAGAUUAAUGGUGUUAUCAAGAUAAUGGAAUAAGCAGGUUUGGGGUUAUCAAGUUAAUGACAUAAAUAGAUUAAUGGGGUUAAGAGGUUAAUUGAGUUAACAGAUUAAUGGGGUUAACAAAUUAUGUUGUUAUGUUAAUGUGGUUAUCAAGCUAACGGAGUAAAGUUAUGAAGUCAGCAGGUUAACACAGUAGAAUAAUUGGUUGACGAGGUUAUUGUGAUAAUAAGUUAAGUUUAAUGUGUUGAAUAGUUUAAUCUUUAACCACGUUUACGAUGUUAGAAGAUUAACAGAUUAAAGGAUAAAAAGUUAAGAUGGUUUCUACAGUUUAAGGGUGUUGAUAUAGAGUUAACUAGUUAAUUGUCAUGUUAAGAAGGUUAACCAAGUCAUUGGUAAUUUGUUCCCAUCGAUUGUUAUUGUCAACUUUAAUGAAGAGGUCUUACCAAGAAGUCAUGAGGCAUGUUCUUCUGGUUGUUAAGGGAAAAUAUGAAUAGACUUGGCAUGUCACAACCAGUGUAUAUCUUAAGUUCAGUUAUGAUUUGUGUGUGACGUUUCGGUGACUACACUGUCACCUUCAUCAGACAAAUGACUAGUGUAUGACCAGAUGCCUGUGUUGUGAUAUAUCAAGUCUAUUGACAAGAGGAAGGAGACAAUAAGAUUAUAUUUUAUUCAUGUAAAUACAUACUCUGUCUUUGUUGAACUGCUGUAUUCUGGAUUGAUGGCAUUUUUUAUACACAAGGCGAGAUAUGAAUACAGUAAAUAUGUCGUAUAAUGAUGAGAUCCAAUGGAUUUUUAAUUGAUAGCGGUGAACUAUUGUAAGUAAAACUUACAUGUUUCCUGUUUUUAUAGCAGAAACAAAAUAUAUAUCAUUUUGUGAACUGUCUGAAUUUAUAGAGAAUACAAUGAAGAUUAGAAAUAUCAUAACACAUUCUUAAUUGUAUAUUAGGAAUACUGUAAGAAUUUAUUUACAUUUACUGUCAGAUUAUAUAUUGGGAAUAUCGUCAAAAUUUCUUGAUAGAACAUAUUUUGUAAAGAAAUAUAAAUUUUUUGUAUCGCAAAGAUAUAAGUGGCGAUCUGAAGUGUUAUUCCUUUUUACGUCAGAGUAGUACAAAUCGUAUUAAGUUUAUUCGACUUAGUCUUUUUAUGCCAAAUAGAUUUGUUAAAGUUGGAAUGUAUUUCUUUCUAUUAAAUAUAUUUUAGAUAUUAGUAUAAUUCAAGUCAUGAUUUAUGACUAUAAAAUAUUGCUGAUUUGGGGAGGAGGCAUUUUAGUUACAAGAGGAUCUUACAUGAUAUAGUCAAGAGUGUAAGAUACUAUUUAUCAUGUUAUGCAUAUUCAUGAAUUUGAACUGAGAACACUGUAUCAGAGGUGAAUUUCAACUCGGAGACCUAUAGUAUAUAGAGACAGUCGUGUGACAUCAUGUAUUCAUUGUGAUGUUUAUGAUGUCUCAUUGCGACGUUUCAUGACGUUUCAUGACGUUUAUGACGUCACUUAGUGUUAUAUAUUAUACAUGUCUUAUGAUAUUUUGAUGACAUAGUCAUAUAUUAUAUGGUAGAACAACCAAUUAUGUGGUUCCAUGGGGGACAUUACAGAAAUUUGGAUAAGUGAAGAUAGGUUUAUGCAGGAUUUUACUGUACAUGUUAAUUUGUCCUAUUGUAAAUAUUUGUGUCUCGGCACUUUUCCUCUUGACUUUAGUGCUUGUGAAGGUCAUGACCUUUUUAAGGCUGCUAAUAUUAAUACUACUAAUGUAGUGAUGUAUGUGUCGUCGCGUUGAUGUUGGCGAUAGUUAGAGUUGUGCUACACUAGGUUUAUAUAAUACAUAAAUACGUAAUUAUUUUCUGAUGUUUGAUAUUAUAUGUCCUCAAAUGAAGAAUUAUUAUCAUUCUGUAAUUUUCUGAUAUGACUUUGUUUGCAUUUUUUUAUCAAUUAUAUUUUUCAUCUACUUUGGGAAAAACAACAUGAAGGUCAGUUGCUUUGUAAAUAACAACAAAAAAUAUUGAAGAAAAUGUCUCAAUAUGUUAAAGAUUUGUAGUGGAUUUGAAGAAAAGACAAACAUUGUUUAUAAUUUGUAUAUUCAAAUUUCCUGUAUGAUAAUAUUGUGUAUAUUGAAAUGUAUAUUCAGUACCUAACUUCUGUCGUGUAAGGUCAGAUGAUGUGUUGACUUUUCUUUGAAGUCCUGUGUUAUGAGGAAUUGUUGUGGUAUUGUACUGUGGGCAUUUUAUUUCAUGACAAUGGCAUUUAGACAAUAAAAAUCAGGAGUUUGUUACGAUUAAACUACUGUAAAUAUAAUUUGUGUAAAGGCAUGACUCAUUAGUAUCCAAUUAUAAUAUACAAUGUGUACAUUUUGUAUAUAGAACUUAUAUAUAUGAUGUAUAUUGUUAGAAAUAUAUUAUUGAUAAUGGUAAAAAAUGGAAUAGGUUUAGAAUUCUUUCCCCAAAGUAAUGAAUUUAAACUUACAUCAAUGGUACUACUGUAUAUUAAUAUUUUACCUUUUUUUCCAUUCUUGUCAAAAUGUUGUGUUUAUUUCUGUAAAUUUGGCACUCUUCAGUGCAGCAUUUUGGUAUGAACAUGAAUAUUUUUAAAUCGCUAUUUUCCUUUGAUAAAUGUCUUUUUUCUUAGAGUUGAGCUGAUGAUGUAAUAUAUAUUUAAGAAAAAAAUUCAAAUCUAGGCUUCAUGACAGGAAAAUCUUAUUUUGUGAAGACUUUGGAAAACUGCCAAACUGACUGAAGGUUUAUUUUCUCUCUAAAAACAUUGUACUACCUGCAUCCAUCUUGUUUUGUUUGUUGUUUUUUUUUUUCAGAAAAUAUUCGGGAUCGGCCAAAACCUCAUUGCUCUGUUAAAAAAUUUGAUAUUUCUCUAGAAUUUGAGUGUGCCAAAAUAAGUAAGUCUAUAGUAAUAUUAACAGAAUCUCUUUUACCUCAUUGUUGUGAAAUGAAAUUCUGUCCAUGUGAUUUCUCUGUUCUAAUACAAGGAUAAUUGAUCAGUUUGGACUGGUGCACCUAUUACUAUUUGACAUGUUUUGCUGAAUGACACUAACAGUAUGAUAUCAUUAAAUCAAAAAGCAUGUAGUUGGUUAUAUACCACAAAUAACAAUAUGGAAGAUCAUCAAAAGUUUCCUGUCCCGUGUCGGUUUGUGUGUCUCAGUAAGCUAAGAAACAGGCAUGUCUGUGCUCUCAUGGUUGUGUCCUUUGGCAUGCUCUGGAUGGCAUGUGACAGGCCUCUCGUAUGUUGUUUAGUGCGGUAGUCACCAACUACUACAAAGAUACCCUGCCUCAAGAUGACCCUGGCUGUUAAUAAACCCAGAAUACAAACAAACUAUUCCGUCUUCUUGAGUUCCAUCACAGCAAUUUAUUUUAGUUUAAAUCAGUUUAAAAUCAUAAGAUGUAAAAAUGUAAAUCAGUCACCUGUGUUUAUAGUUGUUAUAAAUGACAUUUUCAUAUGUAAAUAUACAAUGUAACAUAUUUGGCUAACUUGCAUUACUAUGUAGCGACUUUAAAUACCAAGCACGACGGCUGAUGCUUUAUAAAUAAUAUUUUUUAGGAAUCAAUGCAUUUUACCCUCUAACUUAGUAAUAUUGAAUGUUUGAAUUCGGUGCUUAUUGUAUAUAUAUCUGUUUUGUUGAAAUUCAACUUGAUAUAUUUCUACAUUUAGCAAACUGUUUAGGUAAUAAAAUAUUUACUUACAUUAAUGAUAUGACCAGAAAAUUAUCUCUGAGGGAUGAUAUUCUUCAUUGUCUAAACCAAUCAUCACCCUCAAACUCCAGGGUUCCUAAAUAUAUUUGUUUGUUAGGAUCCAGUACCUCUAUUGGAUUAUACCGUCGUUAUUACUUACUAGACCCGGUAUAUAUAUCUAUGGACGUUAUAACUCUGGUGGGAGUUAUUACUUACUAGACCCGGUAUAUAUAUCUAUGGACGUUAUAACUCCGGCGGGAGUUAUUACUUACUAGACCCGGUAUAUAUAUCUAUGGACGUUAUAACUCCGGUGGGAGUUAUUACUUACUAGACCCGGUAUAUAUAUCUAUGGACGUUAUAACUCCGGUGGGAGUUAGUACUUACUAGACCCGGUAUAUAUAUCUAUGGACGUUAUAACUCCGGUGGGAGUUUUUACUUUCUAGACCCGGUAUAUAUAUCUAUGGACGUUAUAACUCCGGCGGGAGUUAUUACUUACUAGACCCGGUAUAUAUAUCUAUGGACGUUAUAACUCCGGCGGGAGUUAUUACUUACUAGACCCGGUAUAUAUAUCUAUGGACGUUAUAACUUUGGCGGGAGUUAUUACUUACUAGACCCGGUAUAUAUAUCUAUGGACGUUAUUACUUACUAGACCCGGUAUAUAUAUCUAUGGACGUUAUAACUCCGAUGGGAGUUUCAUAUGGAAGUGAUUAAACUGCUUCAUUAGUUUGAUUAGGUUUGUUCCAAAGAGAUUUAUUGAAGAUGUUUGGUGAAUUCCAAUAUGACAUAGCCACUAGUGUAAGAUUCUGUUUAUCACAUAACUCGUGUUUAUGAGAAUAUUAAUAGUGAAAUCUCCCUUUUUUUUUUAAUGUAAGACAGGAGAAUUUAGACUCUAGCUGUAUUCUUGAGACAACCAUGUGACAUUAUAAGUUUAUUGUGAUGUUCUAGAUACUUGUGUGUAUUACGGUAUUUAUAACGUUGUGUAACAGGCCAGUUUUGUGAUAGAUGUGUCUUCUCAUCUCCCUCGGAGUAUGUCGUGGUAAAAGUCAAGUUCUUCACAUUUGAACACAGGUGUGUUGAGAGAACCCUUGGAUUUUGUAGGUGGCUGUAAUAAGAAUUCUCAUCUCUUACCUUCAUGUUUAUGACACAGUUCUUUUUCCUCCUUCAAUCCUGUCAGUAAUAUUCUCGAAGAAAUCAGUAUAAGUGUUAGUCAUGUAAUUAGAAUGCAUUUCAAUGAGGAGAUAAUGUUUCUGUGGAGAGGUAAAUGGUGUUGUGUCAUAUCAAGUGGUGGCCAAGGAAUGACAGAAAAUUAUAAACCUGUGGGUGACAGAAAAUUAUAAACCUGUGGGUGACAGAAAAUUAUUCACCUCGAUGAUGAGGAAAAAUAAUACUUUGAAUCUUUCGUGCUUGAAUUCAUUAUCUCAGAAUAUUUUUGAAUUAAUUCCACAUAACGAUUUCACAUUAUGUUAUUAUAUUGACUUCUGAAUGUCUCGGCCCCGUUUAUCACAUAUCCAUUACACAUGUUUAUAGUAAAUCUAUAACGUUUCACAUAUUAUCGAAAAUUCGGUUUCACAUAUCAAGCCAGUUUUGGUGUUUCUUCAUAUUUAAUUACUAUAAAUAGAGUAUACGGGAGGUAAGAGAUCAAAUAUCCGUGUAAAAUGUUCGAUGUGGUGUUACCUAGCCGACGGAUUCCACAAGGAAUACAAGAGUCCGGCCUUAAAGUGGAGUAGUCAAAGGGUUAAAAUGAUCAUAGCAAUGUCGUGCUGGGUAGACCAGCUUUCAUCAAAUAGUUGACUAGUAUUGACACUUUGACACGUCAUCAUCAGAAGGGUUCUGCUGAUGACGUGCCUAAGUGUCGAAACUAGUCAACUAUUUGAUUAAAGCUGGUUCACCCAGCACGACUUUAUUAUGGUCAUCUUUACCCUGUAAAUAUAAGUAAUAUUGGCCACUUUCAAUACAUAUGGAAAUAUAUCAAAUUUUAAAAGCAUGAUAUAAAGUGUUAAUGACAUAUAUUUUACUAUAUUAAUCGAAUUAAUUCUUUUUAAGUGUGCGAACAAUUUAAUUGUUUAACUUUCAUUUACUAAUGAUCAAACUUAACACAAUUCUUCAGGACAAGGACAUCUCUGACCAUUUCGAGCUUCAGGUUUGUUGGAUAAAUAUCACUAUUACUAUUUUUAGUACUAAUGAUGUUUCAUUCCUUGUGGGAUUUGGAUCAAACUUCAGUCAGUUGUAAAAGACCAUUGUUUCUUUAGUAAUACUCAUUAUGCCUGUAAUCAGAAUAAUGUUUGUGUAGAAUAUUUGCUGGAUUUUAAUUAAUAGAGAAAAAAGGAAAAUUAAGUAGUUUCUUUUUGUGAAUCUGUUUGAUUAAAUUCCUCAUUUACUUCGGAAAAUACAGUUGAAAACAAAAUUCUGAGUUGACAUAGCAGACAGAAAUAAUGAUGUCAGGUAAAAACUUCAGUAGUUUGUAGUCUAACCAACAUUUGCUUUGUCCAAUUACCAUUACUUCUCAUUGACCUUUAGAUAUCUAGGGUCAAACAACUUGCAACCAAUGCUUACGGAAUGAAUGAUGUCAGACGGAAAUGAAAAAGAUACAAUUACUGGUUAAGUAAAUUUAUUCCCAACAGUUGGUCAGUAUGUCUGUCUAUCUGUCUGACUGUUUGUCUCGUCUCAGAUACUUUCCUAUUUUUUUUUCUCUCCAGUUCUUCCAGAUGUUGACUUAACUCAUGAUCAUUAUUGGUAGUGGUAGUGUUUCAGUCUUCAAUCUCCUUUUAUUAUUGACAUGAGUUAUGGCCCUUUGGGAAUUGGGAAUUUUUCAUUCUUCCGUAAACAACACUUAAUGGCGACAUCCUAAACGCUAUUACAAUGUAUUAUUGAGUGUCGGGUUAAAUUCUACCCUCAGUAGAAGUAAUUUGCAGUAUUACUCAAAAGGCAUUAUAAUGUUGUGACGUUUCAUCAUUUUAGAUUUUACAUGUCUGUAUAAGCCUAUUGUAAGCCUAUAGAUUGUAUAUAUUGUAUACGUUUUUCUCUCUCGAUGAGUUGAUGGAGUGGACUGUCCAAAGUCAUGUAUUUUUAUUUACAAUGAAAAUCUCUGGUAUCUAAGUAUUCAUUGUCACCUGGUAAAAUUUAGUUUCUCAGUACGAGAUUGAAAACUAUUUUACUAGAAUAGAAGAUUUUGAUGAAAGAGGUUUAUGUUGUAUCUAUCUUUAUUGCUACUGUUCAAAGAUUACGAAACAAUAAAAAGUAGAAGAAAAA